AUGUUCAACUCGACUCACUUGCGUCGGGUCGUCUCGACGGCGCCGAAACAGCGUCUGAAGAAGAAAAACCACUUUGCCACAGCGGGUCUGCCGCUCGUUCUCUUUGUCGUCGGCGGUUACGUGGCCCUCACGCAGUUUGUCGGUGGCAAGUACGAGGCGCGAGAUCAUGCGGUCAAGAGUCAGUCGGAGCACGUUUUCAACUUGGAGGAAGAGCACAAAAAAAUGACGGCAAAGUUGACUCUCGACGACUUUGAGCUCAAACCCGUGCCGGACGCCCCCGAAACCCGCUAG